GAGGGAGGGAAAGAGAAAGAAAGGGCCAAGGCUAGCGUGAGAGACGACGAGACAAAAAUAAGGCAGUAAACUCGGGCUGGGUGAUGUGGAGAUACGAUACGAGGACUUUUCUGGACCAAAACAACACUCGUAACACCAAGUAUUAAACGAAGUGGACGGUGUGCGCCCCGAUGUCGUCCGCACGAAGUGGCUAGCUAACCUGCUGCAGACGGACGGACCUCACCGAUGGCUUUAACCUAACGCACUGUAUCGCUUCUUGUAAAGCUACCACCCCCCACCCCCCCCCCGCCCUCGUCGGGUCCGGGUCCGGGUCCGGGUCCAGCGUUGGGGCAUCUACAACCAGCUACUCGCUCCUCGCUGCCUUGAGGAGGAGAUAGAAAAAUACAACAUAAACUGCGAUUCAUCUCAGUUUUCUCCUCGCUGCCUAGAGCCAGGAGUCCUCACCGUGGUCGCUUUUUGUCGCUGUGUUGUAGAUUCAUCAGCUGCUAGCUAACGUCAGGUCUGUGGCCAGAUUGGCCAGGUAGGAUAGGAGCUGGUAAAUUAGAGACUGUACAGGGACCAGCUGAACUACUUGGGUUCUAGAGAGGAUAGUGUGUGGUAGCUUUCAUGAUAAUCAAGCUGAUGGAUAGCGGGCUUUUAAGAACUGGGUGAUGGAUGAAUGCACCAGAUUUAGAGUCAAUGACAUCUGCUUGUGCGUAGUAAAUACGGAUAAACCCAAGUUGGUCGCUGUCCUAUUUUAUGUGAUUUUUGGUGGCGUUAACUAAAUUGUCAAGUUAAGACAGGUGCAUAGUUACAAUUCUGGGGGCAGGUAACGGAAAAACAACUUGGUAUUUGGUGUAAUGCACUUGUCAAACAGUCCUCGCUGGAUUAUUUUUGGAUCCAAUACGUAUGAAUACGCAUUUGUAGUUGAGACAUGAGAACAAGCGCGUUUCUUUUGCCUCUGUCUGUGCGGCGGGUGCACGACCAGGGGCGUUCCCGAGAGGUUGGUCCAGUUUGGAGUGGUGCACUUGAGGCUCCGGUUGUUGCAAGAGACAGCUAAAUUAGCGUCUCUGUGCUUUAUUAUAUGAAUCGGCAAGUAUUAAAGUCAGUAUUUAAGUAAACUGCGCACGCUUGGACGCGAAGCCUUUCUCUCAAGUUAAAAGUACACGAAUCCCCUUAGCUUGUAUCGCCCCAAGUUGCUUGUUGCAGCGUUGCUUCGCCAGAUCGAUACUGCGCCUUCUUCCAUCAGCCCUUUAGGCGAUUUACUCUGGAGCUUUAUGUGCUUCUUAAUACCAACCGAUUUCACCUGUCUGCAGCUGUAUUGUAGCACAGAGCAAGGUUUGUCAUGGCCCAGAAAGACUGCGCACUGUCCGGGCAGAUGUCUUAAUCCAGGCCGUGGAUGGACCCGAGGCCUUGUUAACCCCUUCAUGGCCAAGCUGCUUUAGUAAUGUAAACAAACAGAGAGAGAGGGCAUCGGGGGUAAUUAGACCAAAGGGAGGAGGAACCUUGCCUUCGAUCAUAAUCAUCGUUUCAGUGGGUGGUCUAUACACUGUUGCAUCCUUACAUAUUUAACUUAAGUUUUGUGUUUUAUUGUCAUCGUUUAUCGUCCAUUUUGUCCACUGAUGUUUGAUUGUUACGUGUGCGAGAUUGCGGCAUUCUGCGAUAACGAGAGAUGGACUCUAUUUGAUAGACAUAUUUCAUCUUUACUCGCAAGAAGUAUACCUCUCUAUGCUAAAUCUUAAAAUCCUCAUGAUGCAGGUUGACGAUGCAGCAGUUAUUGUGAAUGAUGACUGCAACCUGUAGGGAUGAAACGGAUACAGAUACCAUUGAGCACUUGCCCUCAUCUGUGAGCUUCCCGGCAACAUCAGCUAGAGAUUUUGGAUUAGAGAUGUUUCCGUACCUGGAUCUCUGUGCGCUGUAGAAGAGCGAUUUUUAAAGGACAAAUCAUUAUUCUUUUUUGGAGAAACAUCAAGGAUUUCAUCCAACCAUGUUCUCAUCAGAGAAUCCUCAGUAUCUCCGCCAAGGACUAAGCAUGUUUGUGUGGACCAAUGUAGAACCCCGGUCAGUUCCAGUCUUCCCCUGGCAUUCUUUGGUCCCUUUCCUGGCACCCACCCAAUCAGAUGCUUCUUCUCAGCCAGGAGAGGGCCAGCACCCAGUCAACCACCCUCAAGCAGCCAGUAUGAAGACAGAGUGUCAUGGGGUGGCAUCGCUGUCACAGGAGCCUGCAGAGGCACCUCCCACUGUAGAGAGAGGUCCCCUGUCCCGGCCUCCCCCCUCUUCUGAUGAGCCGCAUCCAGAGAAGGAGAAGGGAGAAGCAGAGAGGGAGAGGCCUGACAGUGAGACAGAGAGUGACGUGGAUGACCCCUUCCUCCCAGGAGUUGUACCUGAGCAGCCCAUCUCUACAUCCCCAGUAAAGAGGCGCACUCAGUCCCUCAGUGCGCUGCCCAAAGAUGGAGAUAAGAACAGCCCUGGAAAGAGGGAGAAGGACCACAUCCGGCGACCAAUGAAUGCAUUUAUGAUUUUCAGUAAGCGCCAUCGAGCAUUGGUGCACCAGCGGCACCCAAACCAAGACAACAGGACAGUGAGCAAGAUUCUUGGGGAAUGGUGGUAUGCUCUAGGACCUAAGGAGAAACAAAAGUACCAUGAUUUGGCCUUCCAGGUAAAAGAGGCCCACUUUAAGGCCCACCCGGACUGGAAGUGGUGCAACAAAGACAGGAAGAAGUCCAGCUCUGAAGGCCGUGGGGUACCCGGGGGCAAAGACAUCAGAGAAAGGAGCAUGUCUGAGUCCACAGAACCCCAUUCUGUGGAGUUGAAGGUGUCUGGUCCAGGUCUUGUUGGUGUGUCUGAAAGGGGUACAGGAGAAGGCCUUGUUGGCCAGCUAACCCGUCCUCGAGCCUUUUCUCAAAGUGCCAUGCACACCCUGGAGCGUAGUGACAGGGGUAAUACACAGGCCCUGGCAGAACUGGCACAGAUGUGUGGGGAUAGUGGCAGUCAGUUUUCUAGUCAUGCACCACCCCUGUCACAGUCCCAGCGGGGGGUCAGCGAGGACAUGACCAGUGAUGAGGAGCGCAUGGUCAUUUGUGAGGAGGAGGGAGAUGAUGAUGUCAUCGAGGACCCUUAUCCUAACAGUUCCAUAGACCUCAAGUGUAAGGAGCGAGUAACUGACAGCGAUAGUGAGAACGGUUCUGGAGACGAAAUUGAUCAGAAGAGAGUUUUUGCUCCAGUCAUUUGCUCCUCUGCAUUAUCAUCUUCCUCACACCAUACCCCUCAUGGCAGGAGUGUCUCACUGUCCUCUUACCCCACCAGCAAGCAUUAUGAUGAGGGGAGAUCAGGAGGGGGAGGGUAUUCAGACCACAAGAGAAAGGAAAGAGGAAAGGGAGAGGGUAAGGACACAUUUGGGGGAGAGGGAGGAGGAGGAGGAGGAGGAGGAGGAGUAGUGCAGCAGUCUCUUUCUCUCUCUUUAGGCCAGUCAGUCAUCUCUACUUCUCCAGCAGGAGGGCCUCCGUCCUCAUCAGUAGGUUCACUGGGUGCGAACCCACUUCUGGGCAUUGGCGCUGUAAGGGUGGCUUCUACGGUGGUGACCAAUGUAAUGCGUCCUGUUAUCAGCACACCGCUCCCCAUCGCCAGCAAGCCCAGAGAGGGAGACACAUCAUCCAGCCCGCAUCCACCAGAAAGGAAGUCCCUGACUCCCCAUCAGCAGCCACAACUUCUAAUUGGUUCAGGAUCAGGAGGUGGGGCUGCUGCCACAGGGGGUGGGUACUACUCUUCAUCUUCACCUAAUCCUGUAGGUGUGGGCCCGGGUGGUGUAGUGACUAAUUUGGUGUUAGGAGGGGCUCUGUCUGCUCAACCUGCUGUACAGCUCAUCACUCCCUCCCACCAGACUCAGCCCUCCCAGCAUCAGGUGCUUCCCUCUGCCGCUGUUUCAGUACCACAUAGCCAAACCAAUGGGCCCCUGCCUCUGCCCCUGCUUCAGCCCCAGUUCCUUCCCGCCUCUUCCCUAGCAGCCCCCGGGGGUAAGGCCAUCACACAAGUUCAGUACAUCCUGCCCACCCUACCCGCCAACACCCACCCCAAGAGUCCACCUCAGCAACUCAGCCAGCCAACCAGUAUCUUCAACUUGCCUACAGCUACACCCACACAUGUGUCCCUGGCAAAUGGAAAGCAGCAGGGUACAGGUUCACUGACAGGCUAUACGUCUAGCUCAGCGGUGGGAGUGGUCAGCCCGGGAACUAGAGUGCAAACACAGUCUCCAGUGCUGCAGGGUAAAAUGCUUGUUCCCAUGGCAACUGUACGGACUGCGCCAGCCCCUACCCAGCAGUUUCCCAUUGUGGCUCCACCUCUUCCUGUCCAGAACGGAGCUCAGACCGGAAGCAAGAUCAUCCAGAUUGCUCCCAUGCCUGUGGUCCAGUCCCAGCUGCCUCAGGGUGGAGCAGUCCACCCUGCCAGCCCCUUCCCUGUAACAGUGGGCACAGCAGCAGUGGUGGCUCCAGGAUCAGUCCCCUCCCAGGCUGUACUACUGCCACCAGCACCUACCAGGAUCACCUAUGUCCAGUCCACUCCAGGGGUCCCAUCCACUCUGCCUCUGGUCUCCACGACAUCAGGCUCUUCCACCACCCAGCAAGGCCUGCCAGUGGCUGGAUCUGCAUAUGUUCCCUCGCCCCUGGCAACACUCGGGUUCACAGCCAUCGCACCACCUGCACAGGCUCUGGUUCAGCCUCUGAUUGCAGGUCAGCCACCACUUUUAGCCACUGCUCAGUCUCCAUCGCCCUCAGCCCCUGCCUCAGGGUCUGGGGGACAGAUAGUCACCGCCAUAUACCCUCCUUCAACUAGCGUCACCAUGGCAACAGGGGUGGUCUCCAUGACGGCAGUGCCCCCCAGCUUGGUCUAUUCUGUCUCCAGCCCUUCCAGCGCCUCCCCCCACAUCCUCUCCAAACACACAGCAACCGCCACUGCAAUCACGCACCCACAUCCUCAGCUCCAUCCGGACAGACAGGCAGACAGGCACCUGCCUCCUGACAGACCUGCCGAUCGACAAACUGACAGACAGGCCGAGAGGCAGACAGAACUGCUGACGCAUUCGGACAGGCAGCUGGAGAGGCAGACGCAGACCUCCAGCAGUAGCGGCUCAGUGGCACCUCCCAGUGGCGCAGCUGUGUCCAUAAGGCCCUGCAGUCCUCCACUUCAGAUCCAAACACCUGGUGGCACACCCAAACUAACCCAGCUUCCACUCAGGACGCCUCAGAAGGUGAAGGCAACGGUGGCGAACAUCCCCGUGGGCAGCUAUGAAGGAGGAGGCCGAGGAAAAGAGAGAGAAAGGGAGAAGGACAGGGAGCGGGAGAGGGAAAAGGAGAGGGAGAGAGAGAGAGAAGCUGCAGCCACUAGUCAUUUCUCCUUUGAUCCCGAGUCUCCUUCAACACAUCCUGCUGAAGAGCCGCCAUCCACUGACAGACCCCUGGAGGGCUCCAGUGCGACGGAUUCCUCUGACACGCGAAACAGGGAAAGCACAACCACCAAAGAGGCUGGAUGGAAGGAGUCCCUCCCCUCCUCUCCUCUCCCCCCUCCAUCAGCCACAGAACCCGCCCUGCCUCCCCCACAGACUGACAAAGAUGGUCCUACACCCAAAAAGGUCAAAGCCCGCCCACCACCACUUAAGAAGACGUUUGACUCUGUGGACAAGGUGCUGUCAGAGGUGUAUUUUGAGGAGCGCUUUGCCGAGCUGCCAGAGUUUCGGCCUGAGGAGGUUUUGCCUUCACCCACCCUGCAGAGUCUGGCCACUUCACCCCGCGCCAUUCUGGGCAGCUAUCGGCGCAAGAGGAAGAACUCUACAGAUUUGGACUCCGCCACUGACGAUCAAGUCUCUCCUAAGAGAAAGAGUCGGCGGCGCUCAAGCUGUAGCUCAGAGCCCAACACUCCUAAAAGUGCCGCCAAGUGUGAGGGAGACAUCUUUACCUUUGACAGAGCAGCCACAGACGGAGAAGACAUCCUGACAGAAAUGGAGUUUGAUAAGGUGCCAUACUCCUCCCUGCGACGAACACUGGACCAGAGGCGAGCAUUGGUCAUGCAGCUAUUCCAGGAGCAGGGCUUCUUUCCGUCAGCUCAGGCCACUGCAGCCUUCCAGACAAGAUACUCCGAUAUAUUUCCCACCAAGUUGUGUCUGCAGCUGAAGAUCAGGGAGGUCCGGCAGAAGAUUAUGCAGACGGCCACCCCGUCUGAUGCCUCUGGUUUAGGCAUACCUGACUCAAGUGGUCCCCUCCCCGGACCUUCUGGCUCCCAGUCGGGGGACGGAUCUGUGAGAGGAUGCGGGGACCUGCAGGAUGAAGAAGAGGAGCAGGGGGCAGAGGCGAGCCCAGAGGAUCCUCGUGAUUCACAGGACUCUUCUAGAUGAGGGAUGCUGACAAGUGAGAUUGACCAAUCAGUGACGUCACACCUUUCCAACCCCUACAUGCUUUCACACUGUUUUUAAAAUCAACACUCUCAUCUCUCCUCUGGUCAGAUUUUUUUCCCCUCAGCAGCCAACCUAUGAGUGACAGACGUUUAUAUGCAAUGUUGGGCCUUUUUUUUGUAUUGUGUGACCCUUGUACCAAAAAAAAGACCAGUGGCACAAAAACUAUCACCUAAACCCCCCCAAUGCACAAACACACACCCAAUUAGCACUCUGCAUUAAUCCACCUUUGAGAAAUCGAUGCCAGUGAGAGACAGACCAUUGUGUACAGCUGCAUUUAUUUGUCUUGAAGAAGAAAGGGUUCUUGUUGAGGACGAAGAGACCUGCUUAACCCAUUCUGAGAUGGCGAAAUUCAGCAGUUGUGAGGACAUUAUGUUUUGAUAUUUGUUUUUAAUUGGGUUAGAGGAGUAAAAGCAGCACGUAUCUGCCGGAGGAACAGGCUGCAUGUAGACUUAACCGUUGUAAGCUUGUGUCUUGUUUCUGCUAACGUUAGGGGGCUGGGCCCUCAACAGCCGGAAACGAUUUGAUUCAACAAGAGAACUCAUUGCUGCGGACCUGGAAAGAUCUUUUUCUUCAUUUUAUUGCUCACAUGUAGACCUUCAGUGGAGGUCUACCAGGAGUGACUGAAAAAUGAAACUGAAACGUUAAGUGGACUUCUGGCAGUGCCAUCAUUCCUGCAGUUACCUGUCUGGCCAAGUCCUCCCUUCUCGUGAUUGACCCUAGCACAUGCCAGUAGGUAGGAACCAAGCAUUCCUGUGCCUCGUUAGCCAUGAAGGAAGGAGGUGGGUCAACAGGCACAUCCUGGCUCUUAGUUGUAGAGGCUCAGGCUGAUGAGGCCUUAAUCCUCUGCUGCCAAGCAGUUUUAGUAACUUUUUAAUAGAUUUUUUGAUUUGUAUUUAACAUUGUCAUAUUCAGUUUGUUGUUGUACUAUUCCUAUGGGUAUUAUUAUUACUCUUCAUAUCAUUGCAGUGAAUCCCGGCCCUUAGUCAUGUUGUCAUUGCUGGCAGAUGUUUCCGUCAUUUGUGCCAGCUGUUGAUUUCUUGUACUAGGCUAUUUUUUUUAAUUUUUAUAUAUAUAUAUACACACACACACACACACACACACACACACACACACACACACACACACACACACACACACACACACACACACACACACACACACACACACACACAUAUUUGUAGGCAGGUGCUCUACACCUGUACAGUUCCUCCAUUGUAGUCUUCCCUUGACUGGCCUCUUCACCUCAGCAAGGACCUGCAGUGCAGUUAUUUUUAUUGUUAAUUUCAAAGAGGAAUACAAACACAACGUGGACCUUUCUAUUCUUUCAACAGUAAUAAGCCGUAUGUUUUUAGACCCUGUAUGCCUCUCUGUCCCUUGCGAAGUUUGAUUCUUUAGCCUCAACACUUAAUGCAUCUCCUUCCUCCACCUCUUUCCUUCCCUCCUUCCUCCCUUUGUCACUUUAUUGCUCUCUCCAGACCUCCUUUUUUAAGCGAGGGGGAGAGAAAACUGGGGGAAGUGAGGGGAGGGUGAUGAAUCAAAGAGAGCUGGUAGGAUCUAAUACUGGUUGUGUCUUUGUGCAAGACUUGGUUGUGUUGUAAAUAAUUACUGUAGAGUCAGAAGACUCAUUAUAUUAUUGAUAAGGAAAAAUCUGUCAUUGAAGAUAAGUUGACUUUUAAGACACCCAUUACCGAAGUAAAACAUGAAAUGGAAAAAACAAUAAUAAAUAUGGCUAUUAAUGUU